AUGUUUGCCGCACGACAAUUCGCCCGCUCCGGGCCGCGCUUUGCCGCGCAGCUGCGAGCGCCCGCCCAGCGUCGCCUCGCCACCACCUCGACCGAGAACGAGUUCAUCAAGGAACGCCAGCACAUCAAGGAGCACGCCAAGGGAACGACGGACCUGUGGAAGAAGAUUUCCAUUUUCGCCGUCAUCCCCGCUCUGUUCCUGGGCGGAGCCAAUGCCUACUACCUGUGGAACGCUCACUGGGAGCACUGGAGCCACAUGCCUCCUCUGGAGGAGCGAACCGAGUACCCUUACCAGAACAUCCGCACCAAGAACUUCCAGUGGGGUGAUGGUGACAAGACUCUGUUUACGGCCGACUUGGAGGGCAUUGCAGCCAACCUGAUCGGACCGGUUCAGCAGUUGACAGCUCUCAUGUCGCCACUUCACUCUGGGUCCGAAGCUGCCUCGGGCGAUGGCAAGGCUCGAUACUUGACGCCGGCCAAGCUUGCGCUUCUCGUCCUUUUAGAACUCUACACGGAAGAAAACGUUCCCAGCAACGCGGUAUUGCCAGUGCUUUCCUUUCUUUCAUCACACGUCUUAGACCAUGGACCUUCGGAUCCCUAUUCCACCCAAGCUUCUAGGUGGAGCAAAGCUGAGCGCGCAGUCAGCUUCAUUGUCAGCAUGAAGGAUUUCGAAAAGGUCCUCGCGAGCUAUCCCUUUCUCAUGGGCAUGCCAGGCCGGACACUCUGGGAUCAGUUUCUUGGAAGGAUCUGGGAGCUCAACUCACUUGACGCACUUCACACCUUCUUCGAAAGGAUUCCGUUGCUGCUAGCGAGGCCCAAGGAGGAGCAUCGCGAGUCAGGUGAGGGCGACGACCCGGAAGACGAUGACAAAGUGAGGCUGUCGCCGAACUCGCCCUUUGGCGCUUUCAUUCGACGAGCACAGCUAGGGUUCGAAAGACUUCAGUUUCAUGACUGCGCCAUUCUAUGGAAGGAUUUUGUAAAGUAUCGACAACCGACGGCAAGCCAACUGCGGCGGAAGAACCCAGCAUUUGGUCGCCUGAGCUUCGACAACGUGCUUCAACUCGGCGAGCAAGAGGAUUGGAGUCCUGACGGCGUCUCUGCCUUGGUUUCCCUCGCAUACGGCGAUAUGCUAACCGAAGACCACGAUGGAACAAUUGCCGUAAGCACAAACGACGUUGAGUUGCUUCUCGAGUUUCAGAUAGAGCAGAUGCAAAAAUAUGGAAACAGGAUUCCUGUCGAGAUAAGGCGUCGAUUCCAGGACUUGGUCCAUCACACUGUCGUCGUGCCCAGCAUGACACACUAUCUCAGAUUUCUCGAUGCAUGGCGGGCAGGAGACUACACAACAGCGUUUGACUGCCUCCACCGCUACUUCGAUUACACAAUUCAGUAUCGCGAUCGAAUCUUCUAUCAGUACGCCUUGAUGAACCUUGCUGUGCUUCAAGCAGACUUUGGAUGUUUCAAGGACGCCGUCUCAGCCAUGCUCGAAACAGUAUCGACAGCUCGCGAAAACCGGGAUCUGACGUGCCUAAAUUUUGCUCUGAACUGGUUGUUUCAUUUCGGCCGCGCCCACCCGGAAUUGGCUCAUUAUCUAGAGCGCAAUACCUUCUCAGGAACGGGCAAGGAAACCCUCGCCUUUCUCCGCGUCAAGGCCAGGGAAACCGGCAUGUGGACUCUCUGGAGCUCUGUGCUGCUCAGCGAGGCCAAGAUUUCUCUCAUUAACGGCGAGUCGCUGGCGACGUCGUUCGAGUACGUGACCCGCAGCUCCCAGGUGAUUGUCGAGAAGAACUUGAAGAGCAUGUUUGGCUCUCACAUGUCCCUGCAAUCCGCCAUUUGGAAUCGACUGGGUAUGACACAUCUGUCGAUCUUGAACUCGACGAUUUUUUUGCAUUGCUAUGCGCGCCACUCCAUCUUUGACGACGAGCUCAAGCAUACAUGCCGUCUUGCUGCCGCUCUAGCAGACCGCGGAAGAUACGGCCAGGCUCUCGAGACGCUCGAGGGCCUCGAAGCCAACUCCCUUCGAUCUUGGAAACCCGGCCAACACUGGCUCAAAUAUCGCAGCAUCAUCAAGCUGAAGAGGGACCUGCACCUUGGCAACCUGGAUGACGCAGGAGAGAUUCUAGCGCAGAUUCUGCAGUCAAAAUCCGACGACCUAGAGCCUGAAAUGGCUUUCCUACUCGACAACUUACACAUUGACUACCUGUCCCGACGGGGUGAUUUUCAAGCCGCGUUUGCGUGCAUGGAGGCGCUCGCGUCCGAUGUAUACGACGACACGACCGACAUUGCCCCCCGAGUCAAGCUCCUCCUCCUCGAGGUAGCGUUACUGGACAAAUGCGGGCGGCCUCAGAGAGCAUUCUCGGCAGCUGUCCAGGCCGCUAGCCUCGCAUGGAGGGCUCGACUCAUUCCGUGCCUGUGGCAAGCCGUUGGCGCGCUCGCCAAUAUCCUCGUCUCGCUUGGCGGCUUCGACGCGGCCGUCCAGCUUCUUCACGCUAUCCUUCCACGAGCGCUCGAAUGCGAAAAACCCAGCCUCACCGCACAGCUGUACGGAUAUCUCGCGGAUGCGAAUAUGGGCCUCGCAGGAGAUAUGCCUGCCAAGUCGAGCAAGCGGUUGGAAUACAUGAAUCGGGCCUCGGACGCUGUGCAGCUGGCAUUUGACCACUACUCCAGCAUCGAGGAUCGCAAUCGCCAAUGCGAGAUGAUGGCCAAGAAGGCCGUUAUCAUGAAACUGACAGGGGAAGUGACGUUGGCGGCAAGUUUUGCUGCCGCCUAUGUCAAGUUGAAAGAGGGUGCGGGAGGAUUGGGCUCGGGUGGCGAGGUCGAUGGACCAUAA